AUAUAUAUAUACAUCUCCCAAAGUACGAAACAACCCCAACGAGGAAACAGUCCUAUUAAGGUAGCUGGUAGCCCAUGGCUUCCACCAUCGUACCGCCGUCACCCACCGCCGACGAGGGUGGAGCCACCACUAUCUCCGCCCUACACCCGGACAUUCUCCUAACGCAUAUCCUCACGCGUCUCGACGGCCCCACUCUCGCCUCCGCCAGCUGCGCCUCCUCCCAGCUCCGCGCAAUCUCCUCCAGAGCCCACCUCUGGACCGACAUCUGCCACUCCAUGUGGCCCUCCACGGCCGCGCUGCGUCUCCGCCGCCUCAUCGCCGCCUACCCCGGUGGCCCUCGCUCCUUCUUUUCCGACUGCUUCCCGCUCCUCCCCCCUGUCAAUUCCAAGUAUUCCGGUCGCCCGUCACCCCCUCCGGGACUGAUCUCCGCCGUCGACAUCCGCCACCUCGGCGAGCUCAUCUUCUCCAGAGUCCAGGAGACGGAGACCGAGAGCGGGUGGUUCCGGUGCUCGCCCUUCCGAAUCGACCUGGUCGGCCCGAAGGACGUCGUGGCGACGUCCGUACGGAUGCCUGACGGCGACGGCGAGUGGCGGUCGCUGGCGGAGGAUCUCGAGCUGAGCUGGAUCGUGGCGGACGCGGCGGGGAGACGGGCGGCGAAUCUGUCGAGCCACAAGGCGGUGGCGGUGGAAAGGCACUGGCUGAGCGGGGAGGUGCGGGUGCGGUUCGCUAUGGUGGUGGCGGGGGUGGAGUUUGGGACGGUGGUCACGUGCUGUGGGGGGGCGGAGGGAGGGGAGUUGCAGGUGAGGGAGGUGAGCUUGGUGGCGGAGGACAUGGAGGGGACGCACUUGAAGGGGAGAGAGAGUAUGGUAAUAUUGCAGAGGGCGCUGGAGGGCAAAAAGGGAAGGGGGAAGGGGGUGGGGAGGGAAGAAGAAGGGAGGAGGAGGUACAGGGAGUAUUUGGAAAUGAAGAGGGAGAGAAGGGAAAGAAAGGUGAGGGCGGAAGACAGAAUGGACAAGCUGUGUGUUGUUUUUGGGGCUUCCAUUUUUUUGACUUCCUGUUUCUUCUUCCUGUGCAGUUGAUUUUUUUUAAAAAUAAAAAUAAAAAUUAGGAACUACAAAAGAAAUGAAAGAGUUGAUUGAUUAUAUGAUUUUAAUUUUGUAAAGGAUCAUAGAAUCAAGGUACCAAGGAGCGGUUGUUGUUGUGGAAUAUUCGUACUUGAAGUUUAGUUGGCUGUUGUACACAGAAUAUUUGCUCAAAUUAGUCGAGUUGUAUUAAAGGGAAAAAGUGUGAUCAUCAAACU